GAAAAAGACACGACAUCUUCCCUAUAUUAAUUGUCCUUUGAUAUUGCCGACGAAACACGUUGCUUCGCAAACGGAUUUUGUAGUUCUGGUAUCCCUGUAUUGUGCAGAACCGCUCAGCAAUCUAAACCUUAAGCACAAUUUUUAAGUUUUCUUAGGACAAACUGUUCUUAUAUUAGAGGAAAGUACCUGAAACUAUAGACUACACUGACCUACUGCAAGUGUCUUAGAUAAUUCCAUUGAAGUGAUGUCUAAUCAGCCGCGUUACUUUCCUUCAAUCGUGAAACUCAAUAUCGGUGGCCAACACUUUACAACAAACCCGCAAACGCUAACAAGAGAUCCCAACUCAAUGUUAGCCGCCAUGUUUUCUGGAAAGUUUGAGAUGAAGCCUUCUGAAGACGGUUCGUUCUUUAUCGACCGAGAUGGAACUUACUUCCGGUUUAUACUAAAUUAUCUUCGUAAUGGCGAGCUGAUUUUACCAGAGGGUGCUACAUUCCUCAAGGAACUCGAAGCAGAAGCUAAGUUUUAUCGACUGCAAGGGAUAUUGGAUGAACUGCAUCGUACAGCACCGAAAGAGUUUGAGGAGUCGGUGAUACUGACGAACGAAGAGCAUCGAAGAGUCUUGAAAACUUGGUUGCCUAUAAAAAGAGAAUGGCGUUUGCUAUUCCGAGCUUCACGAGAUGGAUUUGCUGCUUUAGCGUUUCAUUCCAAAUGCGACAACAAAGGACCUACAGUCACUGUUGUAAAAAGUGGUGGAAACAUUUUUGGAGGCUUCACUGGGAACGCUUGGACAAGUAAGAUAAAUUGAUAUGAUUUUAAAAUACAAAUUAGCUUUAUCGAGUAACUCACCGCCUGAUGAAUGGCCUUGAAUUCGUAUAGCCUGUGUGACAGGCAUUUGUGCAUUCACCCUUGUUAAUUUCCUUCCUAAUUUUUAAAUUAUUAUUUCCUCUUUAUUCUGAUGGCUUGCACACUGCUCAUACUUGGGUACCUAGUUAAGCCACACUAACUGAUAAACUGAUAAACACCAGUGUAAAGGAUUACGUAGAUCAUACUCAUUGAAUUAACUCGAUAAGUUUAUAAGUCCAUGAGCAGGAUAUUGGUAACGUCUUUAUAGGUGGCUUUAACUUAUUUGCUCGUUUCUUAGGGGAAAACAUUUCGGUAGAAAUGAAAAAAAUUACUGUAGAUGGCCUCAGGCUGAAAUCUCGUAUUCUUUGCAAAGGAGCAGGACUGGUAUCAGAUCAUAUUAGUUGUCUUCGUGGUUUUAAUUCGAGUUCAAUAUUGGUUCAGGAUUAAACAAGAGGAGUGGAGCAGAAAAUGUUUGAAAGGUUUAGACUUAAAGAACUUUGAAAUUGAAAUGUGAAAAUGACCGUUUAACACAUAAUGCCUGAAUAUACAGUAUAUGUUAUUCGCAGGUCCUACUGAUAGUGAAUGGGUGCACAUGCCUUGUUGCAAUGCCUUCCUGUUCAGCAUUGUAAACCCAAGUGGCCAGGAGCCGACCAAACUGUCGCAGUUCCCACAGCAUAAGCCAUCUCCGGGCAUCUUUUGUGAUAGCACCUGUGGACCGGCAUUUGGCAGUGAGUACAGUGAGCUAAAAAUAUCAGAUAAUGCAAACACAAGGAGAUCUAGUCGCGGCCGUCCCGGAAACGCCUAUCAGUCCCCUUCGGGCCCGUUCUUCACUGGUGAAGAGUAUUUCACUGUUACAGAUUACGAGGUGUUCGGACUCUGCCAGUGACAAAUACCAAGCAGGUGAAAUAAACUCUUACAACUAAAAUACUCCAUGCUUUUUUUCAAAUAUUAUAAAACUGACAAAGGUAUUUAAUGCCUCAUCAGGGGUGCUAGGUACUCAGGAGAAAUAUGUUACUUUGAUAUUGUUGGGCUUUAAUUUAAGAGAAGGGCCUUGAAAGUAAGGCCAAAUCAGAGCGGUAAGUAAAUAAACGAACUUGGAUUAAUUUUUUUAAAAUGAGAGCUGAUUUGAGUGUAUUUUAAAGGUUCUCAGAAAAAAAAUAUUUUCUUCACCUUGACUAGUCUCCCAGAGAGCGCCUAUUUGUCGUAAAAACCUCACCAAUCUCUCUCUAACUGCUUAUCCUAAUGGACGUCGCAUCUUCGACCGCACAGCGGAAACGACAUCUGUCAAGUUCCCAAUGUCCAGCUUCUGUUAUUGACCUGUCGAAGGCAUCCUGUAUGUCCCUUUCCCACUGCCUUCUUGGUCUUCCUCUUUCUCUUUUCCCAUCUAUCUUUCCCAUCUUCCCCAACUUCUCUCAUGCUGUCUUCUGUAUAAACAUUGAGCAAAAACGGUACAGAUACAUCCCUGUCUGACGCCUCGUUUAAUUUUGAACCAUUCUGUGAUUCCGCAGUUGGUGCGUAUUGCUGCUUCCUGACCCUUGCAGAGUUCCUUAAUCAGGAUUUAUAUUCUCUCUCUAUACGGAAACCCCAUUUUAAUUAAAGUCGCCCAAAGCUGAGAGUGCGAUACACAGUCAAACGCCUUUGAAUGGUCUUUAAAACACAUACACAAAUCUUUAUUAAAUUCUCUGCACUUCUGGUUUAUCGUUCGCAACAUGAUCCCUGGUGCUUGAACUUUUUCUGAAACCUGCCUGUGUUGCACUCACUUCUUCUCCAAGUUUUGAUUCUAGUCUCUUUUGGAUUAUUUUAAACAUGAUUUUACUUGCGUGGCUAAUUAGGGAAACUGUGCAAUAAUUGAUGCGGUCCUUCAAUUAUCCUUUUUUAGGUAUUGGAGUGAAGAUCGAUCUUUUCAGCAAUUCUUGCGGCCACUACCCCUGGUGCCAAAUUUUCUUACAUAUUUAAGCAAUAUAUAACGUUUUCCGUGUUUGCAUAGCCUGAUAUAAGCACAAGAUUGGUUGAGAGAAUUCGAGACAGUUGUGCAAACCCGAGGCGAAGUCGAGGGUUGCAUAACUGUCGAGAAUUUUCCCAACCCUCGAGUAUUUAUAUCAGGAUAUGCAAACACAGGAAAAAAGUUUUCUAUUGCUUUUAUAAAAUAACUUUCCCGAGAAAAAAAACCAAAACUCCCUUGUUUAAAGCAUUGAUCAAAAGAGAAAUUCUUACCAGUCGCGAGGUCUUGCACGCGAAGCUUGUACGCGAAAUCAGUCUUUAUUUUGCAAAAAAAAUGCUUUCCAAAAUACGGGUUUUUCUAGCUUAAAAUGUCAGCUCAAGCGAAAAAAAAUUGACACAGCAUGUUUCUAAAGAUCUUUCAGGUUUCAACCGACGAGGAAAUGGAUAAAUAAAGUAAACUUGUCGAGUUUUUCAACUCAAAACCUUUUCAAAUUCGUGCUUGCGUGAUUAGCGCGCGAAAAGCAUAACAUCUUGACGUUACAACCAUGUUUACAUACUCUCAUGUAAACACGCCUCUCGGCCAAUCAGAGUGCGCGUACUAUCUUAGUUAUUUUAAUGGUGGUAGAAAUCAAUCCCCGGUUCUCCAUUUGCUUUGAUCAUCUCUGCUGUGAUGAGAUCACAACCUGGUGACUUCCCUCCCAACUUUGAGUUUUUUAAUUGCCAAUUCUACCUCCUCUCUCAGAGGGCUCCCUACUUUUUCAGAUCUUCCGCAAGCUCAACUUCUAAUUCCUCCUCCGUGUCUUUAGCGCAUUUAUACAUAUCCUCACAAUAUUUAGCCUGUUCACAGACCCUCUAUUUUCUUUUCAAAGUCAGUCGAGCGCGCGUGAUAAAAAACAAAAACAUGGGGGGAUUUUCUGACCGCCAGUGCAAGGGGUAGGGGUGGGGGAAGAAGACGCGCUUCGCGCUAGCUCUCGCUCGUUUCGCUCAGGCGCUCGCCGAUGUUUUUGAAUAGAACGAAAAGAAAAAGUCGCCCCAUGUAAGGGAAUCCAGGACAGUCUUGGAUUCUGGAUUCCAUGCUGUGGAUUCCGGAUCCCGGGUACUGGCUUCCGGAUUCCGGAUUCCAGCACAGUGGAUUCCGGAUUCCAAAAAGAGGUGGAUUCCAUUUUUUUUCCGGUUUUAAUUCUUUUCUUCGCACUUUGUUUUCGUGUUCGAAUCUUGCCAUAUUGAAAGGCGUUACUAGAAGGCAUAACAAGUUUGUUUUCUUUUUCGAUUUACAAAAUUACUAGCCUCCCACGCAGACGUUCUUAGGGGUUCGUCACGCGUUCCCGUGACGAACCCCUGAGAACCCCUUUUUGCAUAAAAAGACCAUACAGAUCAUCCUACGCUCCGGGUAUGAAAACGCAGUGAAAUAUUUAUCAUUUAAUCAAUUUUAGCCGACGUUCCUAGGAGGGUGGAACUUGUUUUGGCUUGUUUUGGGUCGUUGUGGAUCGUUUGACGAUUAUUUGUGAUCGUUGUGGAUCGUUUAGGUCGUUUUGUCUCUUUUUGCCUGGUUUCUCGUUUUAUUAGUAACUGGUCAAAUAAAAAUACGCUGUGGCGUGUGCAAUUCAUUCUUUGCAAAUUAAAGUCUUUGGUUCCGUUCUCUAAAGAGUAGUUUUCCGUCUCAAUAAAUCUUGGAAAACAAUUUUUAUCUUAUCCUUUAAGACUUUUUAAAACUCUCUCUCUGUAUCAAUAAAGACUUUUGAAGAGAGUAAAAAAUUCUCGCGUAGAGGUUGACGCGUACUGCUUUGAGGUUUUAGCGCGCGCAAUGAUAAUGAAAUUCAAACUAACUGUCGCGGUUGAAUUUGAUGUUAAAAAGAACAAAAACAACAAAAAAAAUAGUUGGUUCAUACUUAGGAUGUGCGUAUAACCACGUUUUGUUAGAAAAAAGACUUCACGGCUCUAUCAAAUUCGUUGUUUAAGACGUCGAAAAUUGAGGAUUUAUUUCGAGCAUGCGCUCUUUCAUCGCCUGUCACAUUCCUGACAGGCAAUAAUCGGAUUUGACCAGAUCUCGCCUUCGGCUUCGUCAAUAAGAGAUCUGGGUCUCUGAGAUGGUCUGGGGUCUCUAGAAUCCAUUUCUAACCGAUCUCAGAUCGGUCUAAUUUCCAAAAGCGACCUCAAUGUGAACGAGGCCUAUUCAGGAGCACAACUGUAGAAAGAAAACAUGAAAAAUCCGUCUGUUCCUCGACCGAGACUGAGAUGACUGAGAAAUGAAGAGAGACCUGAGCGUUUCUCACGCGUUGGCUAGUUUUAAGCGUUUUACAACCAUAUAGCGCUCAUUUAUACGAUAUUUUCUCCACGGCGACGUAAACUUCAUAUCACAUUCAAUUAUGAUUGAGAAAAAAAAUCAAUUUUUCGUUCAUGUUUGUGACUUGCUUACCGCCACGUUACAGUCCACAGAUCGACACAAACGAAAAAUCAUGCAGCUUUGCCUUUGGCACGUUUAGAUCUAUCAGUCAGCUAAAAACUGGUAUAAAAUUUGACAACACAGUAUUACACGUACCUUUCUCUCUCAGCCUUUUGUUUUUGCUUGUGCUUUCCCAUAACGUUUUUUUUUCUUUUUUAAUAAGGUAGAAAAGAAAAAUUCAACAGAUAACAAACUUCAAAAGGCUCGUCUCAUCGAUGAGGUGGCGAGAUUUCACUCGAAUGCCGGGGAUGAAUGAAAAAGGCACCCACCGCGGCCUUGCACGUGAUUACUUUAGUGACAGCUGAUUGGUACGGUUCUGACAGUACCUAGCUUAUUUCUCAAAUAAAGAUUAUCGAAACCAUGAAACUGUUCUUACCGAAACUACUAGGACCAAAUUAGGGACUAGGAGACUGUGAAUUUCUUUUUUUCUUUUUUGGUAAAAUGUUGAAAGCGGACGUUUAUUUUCAAUUGUGAACCAGGAGGACCAGGAGAGGACCAGGAAGGUUCAAGAAAAGGUUCACCCCAGGUGCACCUUUUCCGGUCCUAUGACAGGUCAAAUCGCUUUUGAUUUUUUAAGUUCAGCGAAGCGAGUGAGCAACAGAGAAUCAAACAUAGCCAGAGGUUGAAGUUAUUCACAACAAUCCAAUUUAUACCUUAAAAAGGCUGCGCUGUAUUCCCUCGAAAACCCCCGAAUUUUGUGAUCCUGCCAGCCGCUCAUAAGCAAGGGUUCCCCCGCUGACCGUGACCUUGACCUUUCAUAUGGAGUUCGUCAACUAUGGUUUUGACACCAGAUAUGCCGAUAUCACACUGUAUGUCAUCAUGUUGAGGCAUACACCCUGGGGAGGCUUUCCAUAGAUGGUUUUUCUUUCGAGCGAGUAGCUCAAUCCAAUCAGGAGUGGAUCUUUAGUAAGUUGGAUUCUGGAUUCCAAUCUUUAGUAGGAUUCCGGAUCCCUAGUGCUGGAUUCCGGAUUCCAAAGCCCAGGAUUCCGGAUUCCACAAGCAAAAAAUUCCUGGAUUCCGGAAUCCGGAUUCCCUUACAUGGGGCGAAAAAAGACAUAUAAAACAACUUCUGUGUACAGGCUACACAAAAUUCUUUCCACCUUAGUUUAAUGUCCUCAUUCUCUGGAAGGAUAGUCCCGUUCUUAUCUUUUAUAAGUCUAAUUUGCGGCUGGAACUUCUUCCCACGGUAUUUAUCUCUGUGAACAUUUCCGGUGAGUUGUUGCGGGCAUGGUGCGACUCUAUCUUCCAACAUUUAUCUUUGAUGUAGUUCAUCAAUCUAGCCAACAUUUAUUUUUCGAUUACUUCUUGAAAGCGUUGACACUCUUCGUGAAGAAGACUCUACAGGCGCUGUGUUUUGUUGUCGUUGUUAAACUGAAAAAGCAAUAUAAGAUGAUUGCGUCAGUUGUCAGUUGGUUCGAGAUUGGACUGCAUCCCGAGAUGCUAUAAUAAGAACCUUUUUAUCCGCCUUUUGUUUGGCUUUGUUGCCGACUGAGUCCAAAGCCUAUGUUAGGCCAUUAAUAGCAUUUCGUAGGCACGGCAAAAAAAUUAAUCUGGUUACGGGAAAUUUGAAUUUGCCUUUGAUUUCCACUCUGCCCGUAGUGUGGCCUCAAAGAGGCGCAUCAUUUUGUUACUGACUUGUGUUGUACGCGUUUCCUACCAGCGGUACAAGGCCAGCACAAAAGAAAUGAUAUAAAAAAACUCCAGGGCAAUUAAUAUUUCAAUUAGCAAAACUCUUCCUCAGUCUAUACACCUAACUCUCGCUUCACACAUACACCUCGAAUAAACUCACUAUUGACAGUGUCCUUCAUUAACGUCACGAAGUGUGUUAAAUUAUGCUUAAAGGUUAAUUUGCACAUACUCGCUGCAAGGUUGGUAGGGGCAUAUUUGACUUCUCUUAAUAUUUUUUUUUCAUUGCAGAUGAACUGCAGUUCAUCAAUGUACAUGAGCACGAAAGCAGCAGUGGAAUACAGUUAAGAGCACUAUCAACAUUUUCUUUUACGGGCACAUGGUUCCUUUGGUUGUUAGUAUCAUGACGAUCUAGACUGAAUAACUGAGAUCAAGUUUGUUCUUAGAGUUUCGAACUGAUCAUAUGAUAAUCUAGUCUCGUGAGUUAAUACUUCCUGUAUGACCUAGCAUCUACCUAAAGCACAGCCUCUGAUUAGGAUUUAACCUUCAGAUAUCGUAGCCGAGACCCAAAGCAAAC